CUAGAGCGCUCCACGAUCAGGGCCAUCUUUGGUUGUCCUCGCCGGUGACAGUGUGGACAGUAUAUUCCAUUGGACAUUAAUGCCUAAUGAUUAGUAAGUAAUAUUUAACUUUGAACGAGCCUGUCGACGCACUCGGGCAGAGACAGAGAGAGACAGUUUCCCGGUUUCUGGACUCUCUGGGAUUCUUUCCUUCAAUACCCUUCAUUUCUCAAGGCAAAAAAAAAAAAAAAAAAAAAAAAAGAGGGCGAGACGGGCGAAGCGGCGAUACAACAUGGAUGAGGAAUAUGAUGUGAUCGUUUUGGGCACCGGACUCACGGAAUGCAUUCUGUCCGGGAUCAUGUCUGUGAACGGGAAAAAGGUUCUGCACAUGGACAGGAACCCUUACUAUGGUGGGGAGAGCUCUUCCAUCACCCCCCUGGAGGAGUUGUACAAGCGCUUCAAUCUCCCAGAUAGCCCGCCCGAGUCAAUGGGCAGAGGAAGGGACUGGAACGUUGACCUCAUCCCCAAGUUUCUCAUGGCCAAUGGUCAGCUUGUGAAGAUGCUGCUAUACACAGAAGUGACACGGUACCUUGACUUCAAAGUGGUGGAGGGAAGCUUUGUCUACAAAGGAGGAAAGAUCUACAAGGUGCCGUCAACCGAGACUGAGGCGCUAGCUUCAAAUCUGAUGGGGAUGUUCGAGAAGCGAAGGUUCCGUAAGUUCUUAGUCUUUGUGGCCAACUUCGAUGAGAAUGACCCCAAGACCUUUGAGGGCGUGGACCCCAAAACCACAACGAUGAGGGACGUUUACAAGAAGUUUGACCUGGGCCAGGAUGUCAUUGACUUCACCGGCCACGCCCUGGCCCUCUACAGGACAGAUGACUAUCUUGAUGUUCCCUGUUUGGACACCAUCAAUCGUAUCAAGCUGUACAGUGAAUCGCUGGCACGGUACGGGAAGAGCCCCUACCUCUACCCCCUGUAUGGUCUGGGAGAGCUGCCGCAGGGAUUUGCCAGGUUGAGCGCAAUCUAUGGAGGAACCUACAUGCUGAACAAACCAGUGGAUGAGAUAGUGAUGGAAGGUGGACAUGUGAUCGGAGUGAAGUCCGAGGGCGAGGUGGCUCGUUGUAAGCAGCUCAUCUGUGACCCCAGCUACAUCCCGGACCGUGUCCGUAAGGCUGGUCAGGUGAUCCGCGUGAUCUGCAUCCUCAGCCACCCCAUCAAAAACACUAAUGACGCCAACUCCUGCCAGAUCAUCAUUCCUCAGAAUCAGGUUAAUCGCAACUCAGACAUCUACGUCUGCAUGAUCUCCUAUGCUCACAAUGUGGCAGCCCAGGGGAAGUACAUUGCCAUUGUCAGCACCACAGUGGAGACCAGCGAGCCAGAGGCGGAGAUCGAACCAGCCCUGGAGCUGCUGGAGCCCAUCGACCAAAAGUUUGUGGCUAUUAGUGACCUCUAUGAGCCUACAGACGAUGGUACUGAGAGUCAGGUGUUCGCCUCAAGGUCCUACGAUGCCACCACUCACUUCGAGACCACUUGCAACGACAUCAAGGACAUCUACAAACGUAUGACCGGGAGCGACUUUGACUUUGAGAACAUGAAGCGCAAACAGAACGAUGUGUUUGGGGAGGAUGAGCAGUGAGCGGUAGAGGGGCUUCCGAGAGAGGGUGGGGCGAAAAAAGGGGCGAAACAGGUGGCAGAGCCCGCGGCGGGAGUGCUCGGGCUGCCUGAGCAGUGCUUUAAAAACAAACGGGCGGGGGUGAGCGUGGCGAAGAGGGUGUGUUUCUGGGCUCUGCCAGCCCUAAGCCGUUUGCCUCCUUUUCCUUAGGCCCCUCUCUCUCUUGACACGCGUUCAGACACAUAAAUACUCACAUACACACAUACUCACACUCCCUAUCUCUGUCACCGAAAAGCAGGGUUGAUACGGUCUUUCAUUCCAUUGUAGAAUUUACGGUAUAAUCAUGUCUUAACUAUUAUCAUUAAAGGUGAAUUUAUUACUUGUUGGCAAUUUUCAAAGCAUUUCAUUCUUUCUGUAAUGUCUUUCUCCUCAUAUCAGAGGUUGGGGCGGACGGAAGGCUGAUGGCGUGGAGAGAGAUUUGUAAUGGCUUAGUGUAGAAUCCUCUGGAAGGGGUCACCUCCAGUUGACAUGCAUGCAUCUUUUACACACGGUAGUAUUGUACAUAGACUCAGACGACACUGCGGUAUGAAGGCUGGACCAUUCCACGCAUCGCUCCUGUCAACCCUGCUUUCACUUUUCUCUUACUUGGUCUUUUACCUGUGUUACUUCAAUAGACGCCGCUCCUUUUGGCAAAAACCUGUUGGUCGGGCAAAACAAAUGUGAUGAAAAGUUACAUAUAAAUGGGCUGUUCUGUCAAACUGAUAGUGCUCACUUCGCAAUGCUGUUGUGUUCCCUGUGCUAGCAGGCAAGCUAACCAGUGGCUAUUAAUUGUAACCCCCACCCCCCAUCCCCCACCCCACACACA